AUGGCCUGGGCCUGGGCUUGCCGCCAGCGCUCGGCAGCACCGCAGGACACCCAGGACCGCCUCCACGCCAACGGCAACCUCCGCGAGCGCAACGGCAACCCCAGCCGCACCGCCUCGGCCGGCUCAACCUCGUCCUCCUCGCCUCCUACCGUCGCCGCCGCACCGCACAAGCCCGCCCACGUCGACCGCUCCCUGUCGCCCACGUCCCUGUCGCCCUCGCUCGGUCACUCGCUCGGCACCCGCCAGUACGGCGGCGUCGCGAGCAUCGACUUUGCAGACCGCGACCCGACCCAGAUCUACGCGCCGACUACGUGGUCCGAGAUGGCGCAUCAAGAACUCGUCAACAACUUGUCGCCUCGAGAGCGCACGCGGCAGGAGAUCCUGUGGGAGGUCGUCGCAAGCGAGGAACGCUACGUCGCCGAGCUCCGGUCCCUCGUCAACCUGUACGCCAACAAGCUCCUCCACACGCUCGCCCCCUCGCCCUCCCUCACGCCCUCCCCGCGCUUCGGCUUCUCGCCCGAGCUCGGCGCCCACCCGCACGCGAGCGCGUCGACCUCGUCCGCCUCGCUGCCCAUCGCGUCCCGCUUUGCGCGCACGCCCACGCCCGAGCCCGUCGCGGCCGACGGCGAGCACGGCCACGGGCACCCGCGCAUGGUGCGCAUCGUCGACGCGCCCGACAUGGACGGCGGGCACUCGGCGGCGAUGCGGCGCGGCGGGUCGGGCGGGACGAACGGCUCGGCGCCGCACCUCGCCCCGGCGAGCGCCUCUGGGCGGCGGCACGCCUCGUCGUCGUCGACGGUCAGUGGCACUCGGCCGCCGUCGUCCUCGUCGGGCUCGUCGCCCAACCUGAGCGUGAGCAGCCGCAUCGCGUCGGCCUUCCGCUCGUCGCGCCACUCGUCGCGCACGACGACGGCCACGCCGUCGCCCUCGGCGCCGCCGGGCAUGUCGAGCGCACCGGAGGCGCCACUCGCGCUCCCGCUCGAGCUGCGCGACGCGCUCGAGGCCUGCGUCGAGAUGCUGCGCGGGCACGACGAGCUGAGCGCGAGGCUCAAGGAGCAGUGGGCGAGGGCGUUCCCGCUCGUCAGGGGCCUCGCCGCGAUUUGGAGCGACCAACCCUGGUUCCUCGGCACCUACACGACCUACGUCCUUUCGCUCGAGCCCGCCCUCGCCUCGCUCGACCGCCUCCUCCCUUCUUCCCUCCCUCACUCGCACGCCUCGUCCACCACCUCGUCCUCCUCCGCGUCGCACAAGCUCUCACAGGCCGACAAGCGCCUCGCACGCGCGCUGCACGACCUCGAGCUCGAGGCGGCCGACCUCGGCGAGAGCGGCCUCGGCAUCUGCUUGAGCAAGCCGCUCAUGCGGCUCGGCAAGCUGCCGUUGCUCAUGCAGGCGCUCCUGUACCACACGGAUCCGACGACGCACGAGUGGGAGAAGACUCGCGCCAUGGCGCUCGAGGUGGACGCGCUCGUGCGCUCGAUCGAGGACGAGAAGGUCGAGGAGGAGGAGCGAGAAAGGACUCGGGACGCGCUCGCCCGCAUCGACGGCGUCAAGGACAAGACGCUCAUGGCCCCUCGAGCUGCCCGCAUCCUCAUCUCGGAGCACCCGGCGCCCACGCUCUCGCAGUCGGCCGGCCCAUCCGCCACCGCGAGCGGCUCGACCCGCGCCAAGUUCGCUCGCCGCAUGUCGGGUGCUGUCGGCGGCGGCGGCAAGAAGGGUGGGACGAGCGGCAAGGGGUCCGAGUGGCUCGUGAGCUUCACGGACGUGGUCGUGCGGGCCGUCAAGACGGGCGAGACGUCUAUUCCGGGCAGCUUCUCUCGCGAGAAGGAGAAGCGCGGCAAGCAGGGCGCGCCCCGCAAAGUCGGCAAGACGAGGAACACGUACCGCUUCGUCCGCAUCGAGCGCUGGGAGCCACCUGAAUUCGCGGCGCAGAAGCUCGAGGAGCUCAACGAGCGGCGUCGGUCGGGCCGAGCAGCGGCGAGCGAGGACGAGGAGCUCGAGGACGACGACGAGGACGGCUUCGACGUCGAGAGUCGCAUGAGUUUCCGCUACGACGCCGACUCGCCACAACCCCUCCUCGCCCCUCCUCGCUCCUUCCUCUCGCCCUCGAAGCACUCGAAACGCGCCCCGUCCCCCUCGUCCCUGUCGCCCUCGCUCGCCCAGCCCUCGUCGGCCAAGUUCGGCGCCCGCCUGCGAGCCGAGACGCCCGUCCCGCACCCGCACCACCACUCGCACGCCCAGGCGCGCUCGCCGCACCUGCAUGCGCAGCCGCUGCGUGCGACGACGCCGCUCCCGUCGGCGAGGUUUGACGCGCCGACCGUCAGCAGCCAGGCCAAGGUGCACGGCUCGCCGCCGUCGCCGCCUUCGCUCCCGGCCAAGCCGAGGGAGGCCGCCAAGGAGAGCAGCAGCAGCGGCGGCGGCGGUCUCUCUCACGCACGAGACCCGAGCAGCUUUGCGCUGUACCAGAUGUGGGCGGGCACGCAGGACGACGACUGAGCGGCGCACGGUCCUCCUCCCUUUCCCCCUCCCUCUCAUCCCUUCAGUCCCCUCUCGCCCGCCCUUGUCUUUGUUGUUGGUACUGCCACGCUCCUCUCUUUU